AUGGACAAGAAGAAGGGUCUACUGGAGAACGAGCAGUUCCUCCGCAUCCAAAAGCUCAACGCUGGCGAUGCCGGUAAAAGACAGUCCAUAACAGUCGACAACGAAGAUGAACUCUAUGGGUUGAACUCUGCCAGCAACUCGCCUGUUGGGGAGCACACUACCACCACGGUCACACAGAACCACAGCGUCGUGGCUUCGAACGGAGACGUUGCAUUCAUUCCGGGAACCACUACAGAAGGUGACACCGAGACCGUCACUCAAAAAGUGGUUGAAACAGACGAGCGCGUGUUCAAGACCCAUGUCAAGACUCUGAGCUCCAAGGAGAAAACACGGUACAGGCGCGGGUCCCCCAACUUCACAUCGUACUUUGAUGAUAUGUCAUUUGAACAUAGGCCCAGUAUAUUGGAUGGGUCCGUGAACGAACCCUUUCAGACCCAAUUCGUGGGCCCCACUUUGGAAAAGGAGAUAAGAAGAAGAGAAAAGGAGCUCGUGACCAUGCGUAGAAAUCUGCAUCAACGGGAAUCCUCUUCGGAUGCCGUCGCCUCACCGGAGAAAAAUGACAGCGCCGCUUCCACUGCCGCCGCCGCCGCUGCCGCCACUAAAGAGACAGUCGUCACCGUCGAGACUACCGCACUCUCUUCCAAUUUCUCCGGGUUGUACGUGGCAUUCUGGAUGGCAAUUGCAUUUGGCGCUGCAAAGGCCUUGAUAGACUAUUAUUACCAACACGAUGGCAGUUUCAAAGAUUCAGAGAUCUUGAAAUUCAUGACGACAAACCUGUCCACUGUGGCUUCGGUCGACCUCAUAAUGUACUUGAGCACUUAUUUCGUCGUUGGAAUACAAUACCUGUGUAAGUGGGGGGUGCUGAAGUGGAGCUCUACCGGCUGGAUCUUCACCUCGAUUUACGAAUUAUUGUUUGUCGUGUUCUACAUGUACUUGACAGAAAACAUCCUAAAAUUGCACUGGCUAUCCAAGAUUUUCCUCUUUUUGCAUUCUUUGGUUUUGUUGAUGAAAAUGCACUCUUUUGCCUUCUACAACGGUUAUCUAUGGGGCAUAAAGGAGGAGCUACAGUUUUCCAAAAGGGCUUUGGCCAAAUACAAGGAUUCUAUAAAAGAUUCUGAAGUUAUCGAUGCUCUUGAGAAGAGUUGCGAUUUUUGUAGUUUUGAAUUGAACUCUCAAUCAUUGAACGACCAGAAGCAGAAGUUCCCCAAUAAUAUCAGUGCAUGCAAUUUUUUCUGGUUCACUAUGUUCCCCACCCUAAUCUACCAAAUCGAAUAUCCAAGAACCAAGGAGAUUAGAUGGAUCUAUGUGUUGGAAAAAAUUUGCGCCAUCUUCGGUACCAUUUUCCUAAUGAUGAUCGAUGCGCAAAUUUUGAUGCACCCUGUCGCUAUGAGAGCGGUGGCUGUACGCAAUUCAGAAUGGACCGGCAUAUUAGAUAGACUAUUGAAAUGGAUCGGAUUGCUCGUUGAUAUCGUUCCGGGCUUCAUCGUGAUGUACAUCCUAGAUUUUUAUUUGAUUUGGGAUGCCAUUUUGAAUUGUGUAGCGGAAUUGACAAGAUUCGGCGACAGAUAUUUCUAUGGUGAUUGGUGGAACUGUGUCAGUUGGGCAGACUUUAGUAGAAUUUGGAACAUCCCAGUGCAUAAGUUUUUGUUAAGACACGUUUACCACAGUUCAAUGAGUUCGUUUCAAUUGAAUAAGAGUCAGGCAACUUUAAUGACCUUCUUCCUGAGCUCCGUCGUUCACGAACUGGCCAUGUAUGUUAUCUUCAAGAAACUGAGAUUCUACUUGUUCUUCUUCCAAAUGAUGCAAGUGCCAUUGGUAGCAUUGACCAACACUAAAUUCAUGAGAGACAAAACCAUAAUUGGAAAUGUUAUUUUCUGGCUUGGUAUUUGCAUGGGGCCCAGUGUCAUGUGUACGCUGUACUUGACAUUUUAA